AUGGAAUACCGAGGACAUGAAACCACGGACCUUGUUACCAAAAUUCGAAUGGAACGAAGAAAGGUAUUUACUUUAUAUAUAUAUUUUAAUAUUUCUGUCAAAAUGUUCUAAUUUAGCGCGAGAGUUUUCUGUCGUGGUAGUAAACAGGUCUAUGGCUAUUUAAUUUGCAGACCAAGAAAAAAGGUUUCAUUACAUUACAGACCAGCGCUCGUAAAAGUAACUUGUCUUCUGGACCGAAAUAAAACAUUUCAAUGCAGAAAAUAGUUACGCAUGCAAAGUUUUACGCCAGUUUUAAACAUAAACAAUUAGUGGUCCAAGAAUAUAGCUGAUCGGCUUCAAAAGAUGGAAUUCAAGAUCUCAACUGUUCUUUUGUUUUAUCUGGUGUUCUUUCUCUAUAUUUUUGCAAAGAACUGUCGCGAGAAAACUUUUUGCAAGCCACUUGUCAAGAAACUCUUAUUAUCUUUGCAUGAUCGCAAGUGAUAUUUAUACUGUUUGUCUGUUUCAGGCACAGAAGCCGAGGAUCGAGAAGCUUAGGCGUGACCGAAUUAACGGAAGCUUGGACGAGAUAAAGCACUUAGUCCUAGAGGCUCUAAACAAAGACGUGAGUUUUUUGCCAUAGCUUAGUUCAAUUUAUAAAUACUUUUUGACAAUUUACUCCUAUAGUUUAUAGGUAUGGCAUGUAUUUCUCACUUAUAAUUUAACUGCAUAAUUUAAAGGCCCUUCCAGCAGUACUUACACAUCCUAGAGACACCUUAAAUAAUAAAGAAAGAAAAGAAAAAGCGGAAAAAAACAAGACCUCUUAAAAUUUGGUUUUUUAAUAGAUAAAGGGAACUUCUUUAUUACCAGAGUCAAACCUGAAUAUGAGCUACUGUAACAGCGCUGGAAAAAAAAACUUGAAUUCCAGCAACUCCUUUGACUUCCCUGGACCUUCAACAAUCGGGCAAGGGAGCUUGAAAAGUUACUUGAAAGGCUAGAAAACCGAACGGGACUUUUUUCGAACCUUACGGUAAAUUACAUAGACUGCCCCAUUACGUGAGCAGAUUGGUAAUUGCGAGCACGACUUGCAAAGUACAUAUAACUUUCCUUCAAACUGGUACAGGUACUGUUUAUUCAGGCUCAUAACCGAAAUAACAAUUUACGCAGCAGGGAACUCCUGUCAUAUUUUACAGCAGCUUCAAUCUAACUUGAAUAAACUUCGAACUGUAAAUACAAAAACACCUUCAAUUAAACCCCAGUAAUAAAAUGUAAUUUACUGACAGUUUACAUACUUAUUCGAAGCCCUUUUGAAGCGUUUUUGGAUCCAUUUAAAAAUGACAAAAAAAACUAUUUGGUUUCAAGCGAAAAGUUAACGAAGAUUGACGCACAUUAGGGGUGUUAUCUCAUAAAUCAACUCUUGCGUCUUUAGGUUACGAAGGAAAAACAUUUGGAAAAGUCUUGGAAAACUCAGUAAAAAGAAAAGCUGUCAUAUCGUAGUCUGAUCUUGACACAGUAAGGUUGAUUAUGAUAUGAACAGGAGGAAUAGAACAAUAAAAUCAAAAAUCACAAAAGGAGCCGAUUUUCCCUACUUCGGGGGUCGUAACAAACGAAAACAAUUCGUAUAAAAAUUCAUUUUUUUUUUCUUUUAUUUAGAUUUCACGCUAUUCCAAGAUGGAGAAAGCUGACAUACUCGAGAUGACAGUUCAAUUUUUGAAGGGAGCUAAUACGAGAAAAAGAAUGCAAGAAGGUAAGGCGAAUAAGCUGACGUCAGUUCCCAGUUUCUUACGCUGGUCUGUUGUCAGAGGAAAGUUUCGCUUAUUUCUAUUUCUCGCCUUUAUAUCGGUUGCCAAACGUAAUUUGGGUGUACCUUGUUUUCGAUUUUAAUUAAUAAAUGCAUUCGUACGUGAGAACGAGUAAGCCUUCUUCUAAUCUUGUUCAUGCGUAGAUGGGCAAAACCUAUGCUGCCUCAUAACAUACCGUCGAGGGAAACAACGAACAACGUUGUAAAAAUGAAAAGAAAAUCGUUGAUGCGAAUCGUCCCGUGUGCCAUCUUGUUAAGUGGUAACAAGAGGCAUAAAUUAUGGCUCUCGGUGGUAAUGAAAUUCCCGGAGCCUCUGUUUUUUUUUUUUUUUCGAUCAAAAAGCGAAAGAGAGCACUUUUGUAUCCGUUUUUGUUUUUGUUUGCUUGCUUUUUUUUUCUUUUUUUUCCAAAAGCGGAGUGAAAUGCUUAGGGAGGACUUCUUUUUAAAGUAGACUUCAUUGAUUAGUACCAAGUUUUAGGCCGUUUAUUUUGCCAAAUUCUUGCGCGAUAUCUUACUUGCUAACGAUUUUCAGAGUUUGAUCCUCAAAAUGAAAUUUCACGAGGAACACAAUCAAUUGCCAGUUGAAAGUCAUUGAGUGCUUAAAAGUUUCAUCCAUUGAUUCAUCGAAAGUAAAAUGUAUUUAUUUUCUUACCCCAGCAAUUAGAACCCAAGCACAGCACACUCCAGAGAUGAGAAUAGAGACUUCAAAUCAAAAGGUCCCUCGACUUGCCCACGACCAGCUUCUAGUGAGAAACACUGAUGUGAAGCCUAUCUCAGUGAUGUCACCUUUCGUUACCUCACCCAUGAUUGCUAUGGCAACACAGCCAACCAUUUUAUGGCUCCCUUAUCCUUCACCGCCUUCCUCGCCCACAGAACAAGACUCUCAAACUGCAGACUCCGUGAGUAAACCAAGCAUCACGUACACUGGGAAUCAAUCUCGCUCAAUGUACAAAACUGGUGAAAGGCUUUCACUGACAUCGCACGACGGUGUAAUGUUGCCAGUGUGGAGGCCUUGGUGA